UGAGACAUCGCCACGGCUUUAUUGCACGCGCACGGGGUGGCCGUCUCCCAUCAGUGGAGUAUCUGCGAGCUGGGAGCUGACAGAAGGGAUACCGCCAGCGAUAGAACGGAACGGACGGGCGCACUCUAAACACUGUCAGUCAUGGCUGUGAACGUGCACUCCACCUCUGUGACCAACGAGAACCUGAGCCGACAUGACAUGCUGGCGUGGGUCAACGACUCCCUGCAGCUCAUCUACACCAAGAUCGAGCAGCUCUGUUCAGGGGCGGCCUACUGCCAGUUCAUGGACAUGCUUUUCCCUGGUUGCAUCUUGUUGAAGAAAGUGAAGUUCCAAGCGAAGCUGGAACACGAGUACAUACACAACUUCAAAGUGCUCCAGGCUGCCUUCAAAAGGAUGAAUGUCGACAAAAUCAUUCCCGUGGAGAAGCUGGUGAAAGGAAAAUUCCAGGACAACUUUGAGUUCGUUCAGUGGUUUAAGAAAUUCUUUGAGGCCAACUACGACGGCAAGGAAUACGACCCGCAGCAGGCAAGGCAGGGCCAAGAUGCGGCCCCUCAACCCAACCCAGGUGAACACUUUUCCCACAAACCCAAGAAAAGUUGUGGCCACCCAGGACCACAGAGAACAUCACCGACAGUCCCCAAAAACAUGCCCACGCCACAAAGAUUGAUGAACACCACGAUCAGGAAGAACCCACCCCUUUCACGGAACGGUGGCAGCGACGCAGAGCUCAUGGAACUCAAUCAACAGUUAAUGGAGUUGAAACUGACUGUGGAUGGACUUGAAAAGGAAAGAGACUUCUACUUCAGUAAACUGAGGGACAUUGAGCUAAUCUGCCAAGAGAGUGAGAGUGACAGUCCCAUCCUCGCCCGGAUAAUAAACAUCCUGUAUGCCACAGAGGACGGCUUUGCGCCUCCAGAGGAUGAUGAACUUGACGAACAGGCCCAGCUGGACCAGGAUGAAUACUGAUCCUGUCCCUCCAUCACCUCUCAUCCUGUCGGUCCCUCUUUUACUCCUCUUUAACCCCCCCCACCCCCACCCCCUGCACGCGCCCUUGAUCUUCUGUGUUCCCCUUGUAUCAGUCAUACUGUCUGCCUGUCUGUCUGCUUGUCUGUCUGUCUGUCUGUCUGUCUGCCACCCCACCUUGCCACAUGGACUAACAUCAGACCCCCACAGGCACACAGACCGUAGCAAACAGCAGUUAACAUAUCUUAGACGCCUCAGCAUGAUCCACUGCAAUGUCAUACAAAUUAACAGAAAAAUCCAGGCCAUGUUGCGGGGGUGGGGGGUGGGCGAGUAGCACAAAGGGCAACCCUUUUGUAAAUAGUCUGAGAGUGGGUGAUACAGCAGAAUGGCUACACUCCGGAAGGCCUCCUUUUUUCUGUUGCUUUUCUUUUUCCUAUUGGCUCCACACGGACCGAACACAAACCGACGGCUCUUCCAGCUUGAAGUCAUCCUCAUUCCAUGCUCUCAUGUCCUCAGUCCAGAAAAGCACUCUCACUGACUCCCACAGGCAAGAAGAAGCACCUGGGAUGUUGGCUUUCCUUUUCCAGUUAGGUAGUUUUUUUUUCAUAAAAUUCAAUUGACUAAAAAAAGUUUGAUAUUGAAAACUGACUGAGGUGAAAACUGAGUAAACAAAACAAAUAAAAGAACAACAAUCGCAAAAGAAUGUUUAAGAGAGCGGUUUCUGAGAGAGUCUCUUGGAUGGAAGGCAACUGACUAUCUUUUUACACAUACUGUAACUGCUAUGGCUGAGCAUGUGAAUGUGAUUCAUUGACAAUGAAUGAGUGACGUAUUUGUACAAAUAAUUUUGUUUUCAAUCAAAGCGUCUCGUUUUUUUCCCCACUGCCUUUGCAACUGGUGUGGAGUUCAGCAGUUGACGUGUAAACCUGAUAUUAUUACUGUGUUUAUCCAGCAUGGGGGUGCUAGAGUUUUCAUUGUUACUGUGAAUUUACGUUUUCUUUUGGUGAAAGACAUGUGUAGAUGAUAAAUUGGUCCGAUUUCUUGUUAUCAUGUUUUGCUGCUAAUUUUGCUCAAUGUUUUACUUGUUUUUAUAUUUAUUAAAUUGCACACGAGAAAUGCUUUUUUCUAGUCCCACAGGCAGUUUAAUAACAUAGGCAGGAUGUAUAAUAGGACAUCACUGACCACAUUGGGAGAAAGGUGUAUCCAGCACAUUGUCAGUUUCUUUUUGAAGCCAAGAGCUUAGGCUGGGCUACUGGUAUAUUGACAUCCUUAAAUCCUGAGAAAAUACACUACUUUUCAUUUACCAGGAGCACGUUACAACAGGGUACAACAUUCUAGAUACAAUCCCCAUGAUUUAAUUGUAUAAUCAAAUGUGCAAUCCUUUUCUGAAACAUCUCUUCAGUGCCACUGACUGACGUCCACAAAGUAUUUUCCUGCAGGUGGUGACCUUGUGAGAAGAAUAUAUUGUGGGCAUUUUUUACUGCAUAAAAGUUUAUCGUGGAACUCAUGGGGUUUGUAUCAAGCUCAAUAUCUUUUCCCGCUUAAGUUCCUAGGUUGUAAUUCAAAAGCUGGUUACAAAUCCUCUGUCCCACCUGACAAAGACAGCACAUUAGGAAAGACAAGUCCACUGGGUAUUAUAGUGGUUUGCCUGUACCCUGAUUGGCACACCUCUGCUAGACCUAGCAUCAGACCUGUUCUACAUGGACAGGGCCCAGGGUCUUUGGGCACCAUACAUUGCGCAAGGAUCUCACGAAAAGCUAAAGCUAAGGCUUUUCACAAAAGGCAUUGAAUAAUAAUAAUAAUGAUAAUAAUAAUAAACAUGGCCACAGCCUUUGAUUCUCCGCGAUGGCUUUUCAUUAUUUUUGACUUGCCAAGUUUGCUUGUGUAGUGGAGCCACAUUUUCAUUGGUCGUAGUCAUGGCGAUCAUCUCUUUAAAAAAACAAACAAAAAAAAAAACAUUGGAUCGCUGCAGUUCAGCACACCACCAUUGAUACAUGCAGUGCAGCCAGUAGCACUAUAAAGCUCACACUCAUUCCAAUUCUCAACUGGUAGCAUUGGGAAGCACUCUCCCUCAUUUAAUUCAGUAGCCAAUAGAAUAGGGGAACUCAUUCUCAUUCAGAUCUGCAACCAAUAGUAUCGGAAACUCAUUACCAUUCUCACAGUGACUUGACAAAUAACAGAUGGCCACAUCAGUGUUUGCAUAACUUGCAUCUGUUUGAGUUUUAUUGAGUAAAUAAACUGUUGUGAAAAUGUCAAAA